AUGCGCCCGCUCACCGAAUCAGAAACCAAAGCGCUCUUCAGCAAACUCGCCAACUACCUCGGGCCCAACCUAGUCCACCUGGUCGACACUCCGGACGAUCCCCACGUCUUCCGCCUUCACCGCUCUCGCGUCUACUACAUCCGCGAAUCCCUCAUCCGACACGCGAUCUCGGUCCCUCGCGCAAACCUUAUCUCGCUCGGCGUGUGUCUGGGAAAGUUUAGCAAGACGGAGAAGUUUAGGUUGCAUGUGACGGCGCUGGAUGUGCUUGGGCGGUGGGCGAAACAUAAGGUCUGGAUCAAGCCGAACGGCGAGAUGCCCUUCCUCUACGGCAACCACGUCGUCAAAGCGCACAUCGGCAAGACCUCUGAAGACAUCACAGAGCACCAAGGCGUCGUCAUCUACUCGAUGAACGACAUCCCGCUCGGUUUCGGAGUGACGGCGAGGAGCACGGUUGAUACGAGGAAGGUCGACCCGACUAGUAUUGUCGUCUUCAACCAGGCCGAUGUCGGAGAGUACUUGCGUGACGAGGACACCCUCUUCUAG